AUGAAGCUAGACUUGAGCAAGGCAUAUGAUACUAUUGAUUGGGAUUUCUUGGAAAAUCUGCUCAAUAUGUUUUGCUUUCCUAGUCGAUUCAUCAAAUGGAUUAUGGUUUGCUUGAGGGGUUCGUCUUACUCUUUGGUUCUAAAUGGUAGGAUUCAAGGGCAUUUUAAGGGUGGAAAAGGGCUUCGGCAAGGAGAUCCUAUUUCUCCUUUGCUCUUUGUUAUUGUGAUGGAGUAUCUCACCCGCCUAUUGAUUAAGGCUUCCAGGGAUAAUCGGUUCAAAUUUCAUCCAAUGUGUAAGUCUUUGAAUCUAAUUAGUCUAUGCUUUGCUGACGACCUCAUUAUUUUUUGCAAAGGCACCACCACCUCUGUACAAGUUCUUCUUGAGGUGUUUUCUGAAUUUGGCUGCUCUUCGGGUCUAAAGAUUAAUUACUCUAAAUCUCAUAUUUACUUUGGAGGUGUUCCAGCUGAGAUUAAAGCUAGAAUUUUUGGACUGUUCAAAGCUUAUUGA